GAGGGAGAGGGGCUUUCGCUUCUCCUUUCUCUACUUCUCCCGACUGAGAGCUUCUUUCAACCCCGGUUCACUCCCAUGGAAGGGAGCACUCGGAAUCCUUCCAGGGUGGAGGGCUCCGCCCGCGCGGACGCUCGCCCCGCCGACUGGAGGUCCGACCUCAACGCCGAGUCGCGGCAGAGGGUCGUCGGCAAGAUAAUCAGCUCUCUAAAGAAACACUUCCCACCAGGUGCUUCUGAGGGUCUAAGUGAUUUUCAGAAACUUGCUGUUCGAUUUGAGCAAAAGGUUUACGCUGCAGCUACUAGCCAGGAUGAUUAUCUGAGGAGAAUUUCUGCAAAAUUGCUUACAAUGGAAACAAGAGCUCAAAAUGGUGCUGGAAUUAAUUCUUCACCAUCAGUCCUUGCUACUGAGAGCCAAAAUUUAGCUGAUCCAGGAAUUGGCACAAAAGAGUCUUCUCCAACCGCAUCGCUUGGUAUACAGUCACAAGUUAGCUAUGAAGGGCAAUCAUUAGCUAUGUCUCAUGUGAAUCAGUCUCCAGUGCUGCCACCACUCUUGCCCCAGAAUCAUCAGCACAAAGCCACAUUAGCCACUACACAGGGGUCUGCCAGUCUUUCUCAUACGAUGUCAUCUGUUUCAGGAUUCAGCCGGUCCACUGUGGCUAAUGCUGAUCAGACCUCUCAUUUCCAGAGCAUAUCAAGCGUAUCACAGAACUUUGUUAGUAGUUCUGCAGGGCAAGGUUUAACACCAGAAAGAUAUGCCAAUGGACAAAGGCAGAAUUGGGGUAGGCAACAACAACCACAGGCAUUCAUUUCCCAACAACAUCAACAGCAAUCACAAAACACAUUUGUUUACCAACAUGAGCUUCAGCAGCAAAUUCUGAAACAGAAUGUUUCUCAUCCUUCACUCUUGCAAGCACAGAUCCAACAGCAGCAUCUGCAGCAGCAGCAGCAGAAUUUUUUGCAUCUUAACCAAGUGAAAUCUUCUCAGCAACCUUCAAUGCAAAUGACAUCCAGUCUUCAAUCAGGCCAGUCCAUGGUCCAUCAGAUGCGGCCUACAGUUGCACAGUCAGCUUCACAACCCAACCUUCAGAAAAAUCAAAUCCAACAGUGUGUACCAUCUUCACUUAAGCAACAUCCACAGUUAGUUGCAAGACAGAAGAAGCAGGCACAACCUAUUAUACACCAACAAUCAUCUUCACUUCAGCAGGAGUGUACUUAUGUUCCUCAACAAUUUAUCUUGUCGUCAUCACAGAAGCUAAUGGGUCAGCACUCAAGUAUCUCAGAUAUGCAACAUUCCAAGCUACUUGGACAACAAAAUAGUGCCUUGAACAUGAAGCAGCAGCAGAAAAGACUACCAGGCCAGAAAACUAGUUUGAUAAGCAUGCAGCAAGCACAACCAGAGUCGAGUCAACGGAUUAUAUCUUUACAUCAGCAGCAGCAAUUAAGGUCGCAAAGUAACAUUUCCGGACUGAAGCCGCAACUGCAACCACAUCAACAGCAACAGCGGCAGUUGAUAUUUGGAUCCCAUUCUAGUGCCUCAAACAUGCAGCCAAAUGAAUGCACAGUGCCUUCCUCGCAACAAACAAAGGCUGUAACACAGCAACGAAUCCAGCAGCCAACUGUUACAUUCUUACAAUCACAAGGUCGGCUGUCCCAAUACCAGUCAUCUCAACAACAACUGAUGCCUCAGGUUCAGUCUCAGCCUCCACGAUUGCAUCAACAGUUGGCUUUGCAUCAGCAGCCAAAUUUGUUACAACAAGAGAUGCAACAAAGGCCUCAAUCUUCAGGCGCACUGCUUCAACCUCAAAAUUUGAUUGAAGAGCAGAGACCAUAUAUUCACUCACAAAGAGGGCUUCCAGAGGCAACAUCUAAUACAUUGGUGGAUUCUACAGCACAGAUUGGAAAUGCAGAUGUCGUUGAUCGGCAAGAGGAAAUCUAUCAAGAGAUAAUGUCCUGGAAGAAGUACUCUACAGAGCUCAAUGAAUUCAAUGGAAGGAUUACUCUGAAGAUUGCGCAGUUUCAUCAUGAAGGUGUCAAUGCGGCGGCAACAAAACAAUCAAAACAGUUUGAAAAAGCAAAAUCGUGCCAGUCUGCAUCACGGCUCAUAUUAAAUCUUUUACAUACAUCUAAGAGCAACAUCAAUUCUGAUGUGAUGAGGAAGUUUCCUUUGCUUCAGAAUUUUAUGAGCAAUUUCAUAAAUUCAAGAAAGAAUAGGAGUGUUCCUUCUCAGCCUCAGGGACAUUCUCAGUCCAUGCCACAGCAUCUACCAUCUCAAGUUUCUCAGCUGCAGCAGCAUGAUAAUCAUGUAAACGAGGUGCAACGGAUAAACUUGCCGUGCUCGGUAGCAUCAAUGCAGUCAGCUGCUGCACCAAGCAUGCAGCUUGGAUCCAUGCCUUUAUCAACGGCUGUUAAUGUUCCAACAACACAGCAGAACAUGGCAAAUACACUGCAGCCAACUCCUAGCUUGGAUCCAACGAAGCAAGGAUCUUUGGACUCCAUGAAACAGGGAACUGUGGGCUUGGUGCAACAGGAUGAUGUUGGAUCCUUGCAGACUACCAUUAGUGCAUCUCAACAGCUACAUCAAGUGACACAGUUGCCGCUGCACCAGAUGCCACAGCAUCAAAAAAAUGAUGUAAAUGAGUUGAAGGGGAGACAAAGCUCUGGCAUCAAAUCAGGAUUAUAUCAACGACAUUACCCUUCAGGUCAGCACCAUAAUUAUUCUCAUCAACAACUUAAGGCAGGUGUCUCUUUUCCAAUUUCUUCUCCUCAAAACCUUCAACCUACUUCACUUCAAGUUUCUCAGCAUUCAUCGCCUCAAAAAAUUGAUCAGAACAUUCUAUUGUCAUCUCUUCCAAAAGAGCAAACACCUUCGCAGUCUGCAAACUCAACCUUUAUUUCGUCUCCUUAUGCUCCCACAACUCCCUCUCCAGUACCUGGAGAUCCUGAGAAACAUUUUAGCAUUUCAUCAUUAUCAAAUGCUGUAAUUAUUGGACAUCAACAAGCAUUUUCUUCCCCUCAAAGUCAUCCUAUUACUAUCUCUACACCUGGGAUUUCAGCCUCACAAUUGCUUGAAGAAUUUUCGAGUCCAGAUGGGUGUGAGGCGAAUGUUGUAUUUACAACUCUGGGCAAAUCAAAUGCCAAAGAACAGCCUAUAAAUCGCUUAAUCAAAGCGGUACAAUCCUUAUCACCAAAGAAGCUGAGCUCCUCUGUUAAUGAUAUUCGCUCUGUUAUCAGCAUGAUUGAUGGAAUAGCAGGCUCAGCACCUGGAAAUGGUUCCAGAGCUGCUCUUGGUGAAGAUUUAGUUGCCUCAACAAAGUUCCAUUUGGAAGCUCAGGAACUCAUGUCACAGGAUGGAAAUAAUAUGACAAAAAAAUUGAAGCGUGAUAUAACUGCCAGGCCCUUGAAUGUUAUGCCAUCAGCUGGCAGCAUGAGUGAUAGUUUCCAACAAUCUGAACUUGAAUCAACUUCAACAUCCAAUUUCAAGAGACAAAAAGUUGAGGUAUGGUAUAAUCCAAUUUGUUUUCUUGUGUAGCAUCACUAAAUGUUUUCUAUUAUUAAUGUAUGUUACCUUUAAGUCUGCAGUGUUCAGCUUUUAUGUCUAAAUUAUAAAUUCUUGUGUACAAUUAAGCCGUUUUCCCCUAGGAUAAAGGUCAAUUAUGCUUCAGAGUGGUGGUUUUUGUUAGCUUGGACUAAUUAUACAGAAUAAGGAGAGAUAGAUGAAGAUAUAUGUAAUAGAACUAGAGCUAGUUGGAUGAAGCGUAGAGGUGCCUUUGGGGUUUUAUGUGAUAAAUAAGGUAUUGCUCAUAAUCUAUAGAACGACUCGGGGGUUUCAUGAAUUUACCUAAAUAAUAGGCAAGCAAAAAAGAACCAACGAAAAGAGGUGGGUGUAGCAGAAAUGAGAAUUUUGACAUGGAUUUAUGUUUUUUUAUUGAAAAAAGAAAGAUCGAGGGUGAAAUUCCAUUGGAGUUGCUGAAAUUAUGGAAAUGAUGGGGGAAUCAUCAAAUUCGGUAUGAGCAAUAUUCAGUGAGGACCUAAUGGGGCACCAGCAAAGAUAGGUUCUAAUAUGUUUUAAAAGAUGUAGAAGCAUAGAAGAGAAGACAUAAGGUCACGUAGAUGGUGAUUGUGAAGAAGGAUUUGGAAAAGCUUGAACUAAUACUAUGGAUGGCCCUAGAAAAGUAAAAACUAUGUCAAAACUGUUUGAGCUAAUUACAAUCCAUAAAGCCAAUGCCAUAUAUUGUGACAAAGCUGGAUGAUUAUUGUUAAUGUUUGAGUAAAACAACCCUUACUAAAGAAAUUUUCCAUUUUUGACAAAUUAAAACAACAUUUAUUUCUUGGAUAUCAAUUAGAUAAUGAUUGAACUGUUCCAGAAAUAAUUUAUGAUAGAUCAGGCUUAAUCAAAAUAAUAAGGUGGGCUUGUAACAAAUAGUCCAGAAACUGCCAUAUGAGGUUUAAUUUUUUGAAUAGUACAUUUCCAAACAACAUAAUCAAAUCCUCUAAAGAUGUAAUUCUGUGGAGAUGACCUUAUGUUAAGCACAAAAUUACAGCUUCGAAAGAAAAUGCAGAUUUUUUUAAAAUUAUUUUUAGUACAUUGACAGAUGCAUUAUGUAGUUGGUUUCCAGAGGUGAGGCAUGUCUAUGUGAACUGAUAUUUUAUUAUUGUAUACUCGUUCUUUUCUUUUCUCAUUAUUAAAUUGCAAUGGAAAUAUAUUAGACGAGCAUCUGGAACUAGUUCCAAGGCUUAAGAUGAUGUAAAUUAAAAUUACAUGUGCACAUAAAUUUUUA